AGACGCUGAAUGACAGCGAUGGCUCGUCUCACAACUCUUCUCGUUGCCAUGUGGCUUGGUGUGACAGUGAGCACAGUGGUUGAUCUGGAGAAGAGAAUCAUCGGAGGUCAAGAGUGUGGACCAAAUGAGCGUCUGUACCAUGUCCAGCUGAUAUCCACUGAUGGACAACACCAGUACCUUUGUGGCGGCUCUCUGAUCAGUGACCAGUGGAUUCUGACUGCAGCUCACUGCUAUAAGCCAGGACGGACGUUCACUGCACAUAUAAGCGUGCAUGCUGGUCCUCCUAAAAGAGUACGAAUCACAGAUCGACCUGUGAUCUUCAACGACGGCAAGCAACACGACCUCAUGUUACUGAAGCUGCCUAAAGCAGUUGUAGGUGUCAAACCUGUACGAGCUCCCGACUGUCAACAUCCUCCCAAGAGAGAUGCUGUGGUUCAGGUUGCAGGUCACGGUUCCACGAAGGUUGGCCCAAAUAAUGAAAGAAAACCUGGUUCUUCAGACACUCUGCAUUGUGCUGAUAUGGACGUCAUCGACUCGAUGGCUCGUCUCACAACUCUUCUCGUUGCCAUGUGGCUUGGUGUGACAGUGAGCACAGUGGUUGAUCUGGAGAAGAGAAUCAUCGGAGGUCAUGAGUGUGGACCAAAGGAGCGUCUGUACCAUGUCCAGCUGACAACCAAUCAUCGUACCUUUUGUGGCGGCUCUCUGAUCAGUGACCGGUGGAUUCUGACUGCAGAGCACUGCUAUAAGUCAGGACGGGAGGUCACUGCACAUAUAGGCGUGCAUCCUGGUCCUGCUACAGAAGUGCUGAUCACAGAUCGACCUGUGAUCUACAUCAACAACAGCAAGCAACACGACCUCAUGUUACUGAAGCUGCCUAAAGCAGUUGUAGGUAUCACACCUGUACCACUUCCCGACUGUAAACAUCCUCCCAACAUGUGAGUUCUCAUCCUUCCAGUGAACAUGU